AUGGCUCCUUCCUUGAGCCUGCGUCCUCGCACUGGUGACCGACCACCUACCAGAGACAACAGGGACAAUACCGACCAUAGCCUGAUCAUUCCGAGCCGGACCUCCUCUCUGCACUCACGAAUCACCCAGCCCCUUCCAUCCACGUUGAACGUCAAGCAGGGUGCAAAGAGCCCCAAGACACUCACCCAUGCGUACAUGGUGUGCGGUGUUGGCCGUGAACCCUCACAAUGGGUCAAGGCACCUGCCCCAGCCCAGGGCAAGAUCGGACACAUGAAGGGUGCUGUCGGCACAUUUUGGCUUCCUGAAAUCUUGGGAAGCAGCCCUAGGCUGGAGCAGGAUAAUGAGAUUGCUAGAUCUCUGCAUGCUGCGAUGCGGGCCUGCUUUCCUCACGACGUCGAAAUCUGCACGGGCAGGAGCCAGCCACACUGCGUACACCACUCGUUUGUACUGCAACAAGACUCUUCACACACGCUUUACGGUAUUGCGCUGCGCGUAUGGUCGCGCGCUGAUGAGAAGCGUGCCGAGACGAUCCGUGAUCUCCGCAAGCGCAUCGAGCCCGAUUUCUUCGACAGCCCGGAUGAGACGUACUGGAUCCCCUAUUGCCUCAGCUUCCUUUCCCGUUAUCCCUUGUACAACUUACUCGGCGACUACCUGCGUGGCAUGUGGAUCCACUGGAACAAGGCCACGAAUCUCUUCCACGCCGAGGAGGUGUCUCGCAUCCUGAGCUUCCCGGCCCCCCGCUUGAACGACUUGGUCCGAAUUGACAUGAAGGACUAUGCCUUGUGCUACCAGUUCCCUUCUUCGCCUACCGGUUUCCAAAACUUCGCCAUGUGGCCUCUGUUCACCUGUCUCUCCAUUCCCAACAUCGUCGGUGUGAUUGAGGCGGCGGUGUCACCAACACGCCGAAUCAUCUUCACGAGUCACUACCCCGCCAUGCUCACCAUUGCUGCUGAAACAGUGCGAUUCUGCGUGAGGGUGUACGAGUGGAGUGGCCUGUACGUGCCCGUCGUGCACGCACGUCACAUCAAAGACCUUGUGCAAGAGCCGGGACCGUACAUUCUCGGUGUGACGUCCGAGUGUCGCUCGCUCUUUACGGCACCAACUGACGCCCUGGUCGUCGACUUGGACCGCAAUUUUGUUCUCACGUCCAGCCCACCCACCGCCUUGACGGCUGGGCAGCGGACCAAGAUGAUCACCCGUCUUACACAGGCUUUGAAUGGUGAGGUCUCGCCCACGGGUGUACCACAGCACCUGCGAUCAGCGUAUGGUGGUGGCAAGCUGAUCCCGGCCGGACAAAUCAUUGUCAUGCGUGGCGAAGUCGAAAGCAUCCAGGACCCAGAAUGGUGGAGCCAGGAUGCAGUCAUGUCGGUCAUGGACCACGUGUGUGAGAAGCUUGGUCGUAAUUCUGGCAUGAAGGCCAUCUUUGGUGGCGCAGUCAAGAAGCCGCUGAUGACCAAGGUGUCUAUGCGCCACCUGAAUGAGCUUGUGCGAGAGCGCAACCAAUAUUCUCGUGAUGCCCAGGAAGCUUGGCAAGACUUUAUCAAUCUCAAGGGUCGCAUGGACACGGAGCUGUCAAAGGUCUCCAAGCGCAACAACUUCUUGGUCGAGGAGCUGGAGAGCUGGAAGCAACAGUUCCUCAAGUUCCAGGCCUUUGCCGAGGCCCUCACGAAGGAGACGCAGGACCUCAAGGUCAAGAUUGAGAACCACAAGCGUGAGAAUCGUCGUCUGACCAACCUGAUUGACCAACAAAAGGACGAUGCUGCCCGUCUCACCAUCCGUCUCUCCGGUACCGAGAAGCAGCGCGAUGAUGCGCUCGAGGCACUUGUUCUGCAGCAGGAAAUUGCCGAGGAGCUUGAACGCGAGAGGAAGAGGAACAAGAAGGAGCUCGCCGCUCUUCAGCACACCAACAGCGCCAUCAUGCGCCAGCGCGACGAGACGCAGCGCGUUGUCCUUCACCUGCGCGCACUCAUCGAGGGCCAGACCCACCACAUGGAGCACAUUGUCAAGUCGCUGAACCAAGACGACAUGUCACACUACAUGGAGGCUGGCUUCGAGGAUGUACCAGAGGAGGACGAGGAAUACGAAGACGCGGAGAGUCAUUCGACUGCAAAGGACAAAUCAGAGGUUGGUACCAUCCGUGGUGUACCUGGUGUGGACAACCGCAACGAUUCAAGAGUAAGCAUGGCGCAAGGUACCCAUCUUGAUGGCGAGGACGUCACACCUGAUAUGGAGCAGCGUCUACACAAUAGUCCAGCCCGGAACUCGAAGCGAUUCUCGAACCAGUCCAUGGUGGACGUCGCGGACCGAGUACUGCGCGAUAAGACCGACGCCAUUGCAUACAUUAUCCGCAACAUCUCUGAGCAGUGUGCCGCCGCAGUCGAAGGCCUACAGCUCGCACAACGUGCCGACACGGAAGACGACGAGCGCAGCGAACGCCGCAGCAGCGUUGGCCAGGUGUCCUCUCACGGAGGACGUGCGCAGUCCACUGCGGGCAGUGAGUACGGCGAUGAAGACAUGCUCCGACCGAACCGCGGAUCGAGUAUCCCUCCCACACCUGACCUAAGCCACAGGUCAAGUACGUCCAUGUCCAUGGCCAGCGCCUCGACAACGCCAGACCGACACAGUCUUCAGCACAGGUCACAUGAUGCGCAGGUCCCUACCCGCAUCCUCGAAGACGAGGACGAUGUCGACGGUACCUCGUGUGAUCUAUCUGCCGACAUGGUGCCAGUCUCCAAGUACGCGCAGACUCCCCUUGCCCGGCCCAACCAAGCUGUCCGACAUGUGCGAUAA